GAAAUAAACACACUGCUGCAGCACGGUGUCAGUUGCAGGUUUCCCACUGUAGUAAUUAAAUGGCUAAAGUCGAGAUCGCCCCUUUGAGAGCCUGGGAUGAUUUCUAUCCAGGCUCGGAGCGCUUCGCAAAACCAGAUACACGAGAUUUGUCGAAAUGGAACAACAGAGUAGUCAGCAACCUCCUGUACUAUCAAACAAAUUAUCUGGUGAUGGCAAUCAUUGUUUUCUUGGUUGUAGGGUUCAUGAACCCUGUGAGCAUGUUCACAGGUGCAGCAGUCAUUGCUUCAGUUUUCAUUGGCUCAGUAUUGGCCGGAGAGAACAAGGUGGUGAUCAAGAACUUCAAAAAGGAGAACCCAACCUUAUUUGUUUUCCUGGUCAUGGUAGUGAGUUACCUCGUGAUGUCACUCUUUGGUGGAGUCAUGGUACUGCUGUUGGGAAUCAAGCUGCCACUUCUCUUGAUCUUUGCGCAUGCAUCACUUCGACUGCGCAACAUGAAAAACAAACUGGAGAAUAAGAUGGAGAGUGCGGGACUCAAGAAAUCACCCAUGGGUAUCUUACUUGAAGCACUGGGUCAACAAGAAGAGAAUUUCAGUAAAAUUCAAGGCCUUCUGGAGAGCAAACUCAAUGAAUGAACUCAAGAACAUGCAAAUGGCUCAAGAGGUUCUCACAAAAGAAAUGAAGGAACUUAUUACUUGCUAUUUGUGAAUUCCAACAUAUUUUGAGCUUGAUUGUUGAAACAAACAGUAUUUUUCUCAUUGUAUUUUUUUCUGGGUAGUAUUUGUAUGUACAGUGUUUUAUAAUGUUAUGAAACAGAUUUGUUUACAUCUCGAGUGUGGACAGUAGAUUAAACUAUGAUGCUACUGGGUGGGAAAAAAAUUAUCAAAUUUUGGUUUAGGUGUAGCACAAGUGAUCAUUCUGAAAAUAUCUAAGGCUAAUUAUUGCAGUCUCACAAGUGAUCAUUCUUUUUUUAUAAUGUAGGAAAACAUUGUGUUGUGCGUGUAAGUUUAAAGUGUUAUGUUACAGUAGUAUUCCUCUGUCUCCACAUACAUUUAUGAAAUCCAAGUUAUAAUAUGACAAAAAUAUGUCAUCAGUUUUAUGAUAUUGGCUGCUCAAAAAUGUGCAGAUCACAGAGUAAUUCUACCAAAGAAAGAGUGCACAUACAGGACAUUUAUUUAUUCUGCUGAUUUUAAUCACCCUUGAUUUCAGUUGUUUUCAGAAGGCUUUUUUGCAGACAAAUAAAUAAAUAAUCAGGUAUUACAAGCAUUGUAAAUGUCAUAAUGCUCAUCGUAAUCAAAAUCAUGUAUAACACCUUGAGGAUAAAGAAUUCUCACAAAUCUUGGUGCUAGUUGUUCAGGUUGCUAUGAUGCUGUAUUCAUAAAUCUAUGCAAAAAGUGUUCAUAAUAAAGCCACAUUUUGGUA